AUGGCUGAGAUUCAAGUUUCUCAGGAGCCAUUGAAAGAAAAACUAAGGCCCUCUAGAAGCUCGGUUACUGGUUCAUCAACUAAAGGUGGAAGAAAGAAAGGUUUGAAUUCCGAUUCUCCGAAACAGAUUGAUAAUAUCACUAAUUCUUUACCUGGUUGUAGUAUCGGUAACAAUAAUAACAGCUCGACGAGUGUGUUUAAAUCUAAUAUUUUUGCUUCAUCAUCAAAAUCGAAAGACGGGCCGUCAGCCGAGCCUAGUAAGGAAAACCAAACUGCUCAGAACUCUCGUUUCGAUAAAUUAUCCAGUAAAGUUGAUGAACUUUACAAUAAUGACAAUUAUGACGAUAACGAAUUAUUAGGCUACAAUGAUGAAGAGUAUUGUGAUGAUGAUUUGGAUGUUUUACCGGGGAAAAAAGCAAAAUGUCAUCUGAUAUGGAGUUUCCCAGACGGGGAAAAAGUUGAUGUGAUAGAUGGUGUAGAUGAUGAUAGGUAUAACGAAUUGAUAAAAUCUAUCUCCCGUCCUAAAAACUGUGAGUCUUUAGUGACGGUUAAAACUAAUCAAUUAGUGUGGGAUUUUCUUAGCCAGUCUACACGUACGAUGGACAAGCGAAUGCAGAAUGCUCAAAAUUCCAUUAUUAAAGGAGCAGUUUCGUUGUCUAAAAUUACUGACACUCUUGAUAGUGGACAAUCUAUGGAUGUAAAUCAUGUUCUGGAACAGGCAAUGGAGUCCCUAGCUCUUUUUGGACAUGCCAAUAAACAAUUAUGUUUUAUUCGUAGAGACAUGAUGAAACCCGAUAUGAGGGGCGAGUAUUUACAUCUAUGUAGUCAAAAUUUGAAAUACACAGACAGUCUGUUUGGUGAUGACGUUUCCAAAACUGUCAAGGAUAUAUCUGAUUGCUCUCGUAUAAGUAACAAGAUGGGUGCUUUUCAAGGUCGCAGAGGACGAGGAAGGUCUAUCCAUGGUAGAGGAUUUAGAGGAAGAUUUUUUAGAGGUCAUUAUCAAGGACGUAGCUCUGGAGGUUCCUAUGGUUCAUAUGGUUCGGACAUAAAAAACUUCCAGAAGAGGGGUCAAGGUCGACCCCUCUCCCAACAAGCUCAACAGAAGUAG